AUGAGGAGAUCAUCGUCCCAGAUCACCCCGCAUUUUACACCGCAACCCGUGACGCAUUAUCUGGAAAACAUCCUGUACAGCUCAAAGCUGCGGCAGAGACCGAACUGGGGAAACUCAUCACAUCAAACCACACCUUGGUCAGUUGCUGUGGGACGCGAAUGUUCUGCCUUCAAAACACUCAUCAUUUCGAACAAACGCAUCGCUCCAGCAAUAUCGGAAUUCGGGCUGAAAAAAUUAAAGUAUCCAAACUUGAGCUCUGCUCAAGAACCAAAACCCCCACAGCGAAUCUCGGCCACUGCAAACAGUCGUAAGAGCGAUGACGUCCCGGUACACCGUCCAUCGAUCAUCGAACAAAAAUCAACAAAAUUCAAACCGGCUGCCGUACCCCCUGACCCGAUCAUUGAAGUACCGGAAUCCCCAGUAGCCAGAGAAGUGCCUCUUCCGGUUGUUCCGGAAAGCGAUACAGUUAAUGAUGCCUCCAGAAAUUGCAAUUUGCCUUUGCCAUUGAUCGCCAUCGAAGAGGAAGACGUGGAGAAGGAAAACGUGAACGACUUUAUAUCGAAUUCCCAAUCCAGCGGUACGGAACAGUCGUCUAAAUUAAGGCAAAAGAAUCCUCCACUAAACCAACUACCGAAGGUAUUGACAAAAUCAAAACCUGUCGCAAGAGAAGCACCUAUUCCUGGUGUUGUUCCAUUCAAGGACACGAUUUACAGUGCUUCCAAAAAUUGCACACCAUCUUUGCCAUUGAUCGCCAUUGAAGAGGAAGACGUGGAGAAGGAAAACGUGUACGACUUCAUAUCAAAUUCCCAGUCCAGUGAUAUGGAACAGCCGUCGAAAUUGAAACAAAAGAAAAAUCCUAAAAAGAAGCAACCGAAAGGAUCGGUUAAACCCAAGCCAAAACAGCAAAAACAUGCCAUUGGUAAUCCUUUCGGAUGCAGUGGCGUUCGGUUGAAACAUUUGAUCAAAAAAAUUGGUGGUGGUCCGGUCAAACCGCCCGCAGUCGUUGAUUACGUGAUCAAUUUGGAAAUACCCAACACUCCACCGAAGCCUACGGCGGCCGUUACAUCCAACCUUGCGGAAAAUGCGAACCGACCGUCACCGUGGCGAGUGCAGGACGACACGAUCAUUCCCAGGACUAGUUACGCACCACGCAACAAACAGAUGCUUCCAUCGUACGAGAGCUUCAGUGUAGAACCGUCCGGCACCGAACGUGGAAAAUCACUUCCCCAGAGCGCGUCGAUCGAGGAUUUGGAAUUAGCGACCUCACAAACAACUCCAUCGGUCGCUGGUGAGGAUGCGAUAAUCACUGACAGUGACUUCCGGCAGGUCGAGAAGAUGUACAACGAGCUAAAGGCGGUGAGCGAUAUGAGCGAAAAAUUGAUCACAGCGAUGCGCAAGCACAAAACCUCAUCCAACGCCAAGCAGCGGGACCGGCGUGUGUACGAAACGAGCAUGCAUCAGGCGUGCCAGAAGCUGAAGAAGUGGUACGAUCAUUCGAUGAAGUCUUUCAACCAUUCGAUCCGCAUCAUCCAGAACAUCGAACGUGUCACGAAUCGGUCGGUGGGGCCGUCGCCGCUAACUCUCGAGCAGCAGCGUACGGUGGAGAAAUUCAACCAGAGUUCUGACCACUUCCGCUUGAUGGUCGACGAGCUGCAGGCGGCCGUCAACGAUUCCGAUCGUCGUCCUCGUUCGUCGUCGAAGGGCACGGAAAAAGAACCGAACCCGAAAAUUUGCCCGAAACCCGUAAUAGAUGUCGUUCCAGGCCGGAAGCGUAGCAUGAACGACUCCGAUCGGGAAAAUCGACCUCCAGCUGUAGCUCCGUCAGCCACGCAGACGAUGGUGCGAUCUGGCACCGGAUACAUUACGACGAUGGCGCACAAAAGCAACACUGCGAGUGCGAAAACCCCAGCAGACGUCGUGUUGCUUCCGGAUCGCGGUAAGGGAGCGACCCGGAACCCGUUGAUUGCGCUCAAUUUUGUACCCCUUGCGCAACAUGACAGCCCGCUGAUGUCCCCACUGGCCAAGGAGCCGGUUUUGGUGGCUACCAGCGUGAACCGGGAAAAGCGCUUCGUCCCGAGAGAGCUGCUGUACGACAAAGAGAACGAAUCGAUCGUCCCGAAAGACCCGCUGUGUGACAAAGCGAACGAAUCGAUCUUGGCGAUCGAUUCUCACGUCGAAACACGAUCGCCACCGGGUGCCGUUGAAGUCGCUCCCCAGAAGCGGGUGGAGAAAUCUCCAGAAAGUAGCGUAGUGGAGUUAAACGAUGAAACGAUGAACGCACCCAAGAACAAAAGUAUAAGCAAAGACAACGAAACCCUGUGCGAAAAUGACACGUCGAACGACGAUUACUUUGGCUUCGAUUCGCAAGAGUACGUGGAAAGCUCGUUGCCCCAGAUCACGCUGCCGAAUCCGUUGAACAUUUCGAGCGAUACGCUUCACCAACGGCUCGACAAUGUACGAAAAUUGCUUCCCAAGCAGCCUCUGUUACGACAUCGGCCCGUCACACGGCCACGGAACAGUGGUCCAACGCGAUUGCCGUUGAGAAUGCCGCGAGUUUUCACCAGUCCCACCAAACGGCCGUACACGUUGCCCGAGUUUGUGGCCUCGACGCCUCGACCCGAGACCGUCGGUGCACCGGGUGGGUCUUCAGCUGGUGGGGGCGAGGUGGAUACGGUCGCGGUACCGGAUGUUUCCGCAAUCGGUCAAACGAUGACGGAAGAUGAUCCCCCAGCGGUCGAUCAACCGGAAGUGGUUCUGUUCGACACCCCGGACGCCCCGAAAUGGAAGUCGAAUUCCGUUCUACAUCGAACGUAUGCGCGCGUGCCCAGGCGAAGGAAGAAAAACAUUUAUCUGCUCAACCUGGGUUUGGACGAUGACGACGACGAGGAAGUCGAUGACGAUGCCGGCAAUGCCUCGGAUGAUUCGCAGAACCAGUGGUCGGAUGCAGAAGGGAUCGCCGCGAAACGGAAGAAGAAAAAGAAGAAGAAUAAACCACGCCGUCCGCCAGUCCCCGUGGAGCAGACGGAGGAAUUUCAGAACUUUGUCGAAUCGUUCAACAGCAUGUGCGACGAGGUCGACCGCUACGAUAUGAUUAUCGAAUAAUCACCGGCUGGAGCGUGGACACGCUUGAUGCGCUCCACGACGCUGCUGCAGAUGCGUUUUUGUUUUUUGACAGUCACCUUUACAUUCUCACUGGUUCUCUUAUUUUAUAUGCUAGUUAUUUCCCAAGGGAAUAUAAUGUCUGCCUGUUUAUUUUUAUGAAUAUACUUUUUAUUUCCUGUAAGGACGGAACUCUGCUAAUAUCAUAAUUUACUAUCAUUUUAA